CUGUCUUGUGCACUCUAUCAUCGCCAUGGUGUCUCAUCUUCAAUGUAUGGCAUCUACAUUGUUUACUUGAGGUACAAGAAAACGGUUUAAGCUCGUUGGUGAUCUCUUCUAAUGGCUUCUAGUUCAACUUCAUUCCUGUUAACCACCGCGCCACCGCAGGGUGUCCGGUUUAACCCGAGAAAACCUAGGUUAACCGUGUGGGCUAAGCAAACGGCGUUUCAACUGGGGAAAACGAAGGGCGGUGAUGAUGACUCGGAGGCUAAACAAACCGGUAAAUCUUCAGAUUCGAAACCAUUCGGGUUCAAUUUCGGUAAGUUACCGGACAUGAAGUCACUCAUGCCGGUGGUGACAAACCCUUCCACCGGUUUAGUGUUUGGUAAUAACAGAAAGAAAGAUCCUGGUACGGUUUUUGUGGCCGGUGCUACGGGACAAGCUGGUAUACGCAUAGCUCAAACGCUCUUGCAACGAGGAUUCAGCGUUCGAGCUGGCGUUCCUGACCUUGGAGCCGCCCAAGACCUCGCUCGUGUUGCGGCCACUUACAAGAUUUUAUCAAAUGAGGAAGUCAAGAGGCUAAACGCUGUUCAAUCAACUUUCCAAGACGCUGAAUCAAUCGCAAAAGCCAUAGGAAACGCGACCAAAGUUGUGGUUACGGUCGGGGCGACAGAGAACGGUCCUGACGCACCAGUCUCGACCUCAGACGCUUUGCUCGUGGUCCAAGCGGCUGAGCUUGCUGGCGUAAACCAUGUUGCAAUCGUGUACGAUGGUAGCAUCAGCGGAUCCACGUACAACGUGCUAGACGGUAUUACUUCGUUUUUUGGGAACCUUUUCGCAAAAUCUCAGCCAUUGACUAUCUCUGACCUCAUCGAGAAAGUAGCUCAAACCGAUGUGGCGUACACGCUCAUAAAGACGAGCUUGACGGAGGAUUUCUCCCCGGAGAAAUCUUAUAACGUCGUCGUUUCAGCUGAAGGGAGUAACAGCGGCAGUGGCAGUAGUUCGUCGUCCGAGGCCUACAAAGUUCCCAAGUUGAAGAUUGCGUCGCUGGUUGCAGACAUGUUUGCUAACACGGCCGUGGCAGAAAAUAAGGUGGUGGAAGUUUCUACAGAUCCAUCAGCACCGUUGAGGCCAGUAGAUGAGCUAUUCAGUGUAAUCCCGGAAGAUGGGAGGAGAAAAGUAUACGCAGAUGCGAUCGCAAAGGCAAGAGCCGAGGAAGAAGCUAAAGUUGCAGCUGAGAGAGCCCGAGAAGCAGCAGAAGAAGCGAAAGAGCUUGAGAAACAAAUGCAAAAGCUCUCUUCAAAAGAAGCAGAAGCUGCUAGUUUAGCUGAGGAUGCCAAGCAGAAAGCAGAUGCCGUGGGAAUCACCGUGGACGGUCUAUUUAGCAAGGCUAAAGAUAUCGGAUCGGGUCUCUCCUGGAAUAAACUCGGUUCUCAAUUCGCUACCGCGGUCCAGAACGCUUCAGAGGCAGAGAAAGAAGCAGAAGCUGAGGAAGCCGAGCAGAAAGCAGAUGCCGUGGGAAUCACAGUGGACGGUCUAUUUAGCAAGGCUAAAGAUAUCGGCUCAGGUCUCUCCUGGAAUAAACUCGGUUCUCAAUUCACUACCGCAGUCCAGAACGCUUCAGAGGCACCUAAAGUACAGGUUGCUACGGUCAGAGGACAGGCGAAAGCGAGAAACUUGCCACCCAAGAAAGCAGUGGUGAAACAGAGAAACGUGAGCGCUAAACCCGCCACAUCAUCUCCUUUUGCAUCCAAAAAGAAGGAAGAGCCUCUGAAGAAGCAGGAGAAAGAGGUGAGGAAAGUGUUUGGAGGACUGUUUAAACAAGAGACCAUCUACGUCGACGACGACUAAAAAACGCCAUAAACGAUGCUGUUUUGGAGUUCCGUACAGUUUCCUUUUUUUAUUUUACUUUCCUUGUGUUUCAAGUUAAAUAUCUGUAAUCAUAUUUAUUAAAAAUUCCUUAUGAAGUUAUGAUAUAACGAAAAGGAAAAUACAAUAUGAAGCAAAA